CUUGUCAACGAGCAUAUCAGUGGAAAGAUGGCGGAGCCAGUAUCAAUAAACUCAUUGAAAUUAGAUAGGAGAAACAAAGAGGCAGUAUUGACCAGAAGUCUGAACUCAUUGGAUCAACUUUUGACAUCAGAAGAUACAGACACAGCUGAUAAAACGAUAGAAGAGAUACUCAACGAAGCGAAGGGUCAGUGGAAAGAGUUACAGGUCGCGCAUGAAAAACUUGUUACACUGAUAGUAGACGAGGAAGCAUUUCAGACAGAAGAGAACUGGAUGAGUGAAGCCCAAAACAAAUUUGUGGCAACUAGAGUAAACACGGAAAAAUACCUUAAGAAGUAUUGUUACAGGACUUUGGAUAAAGAAGCUGGAGAUCGUCAGUUGGAAGUAGCUAAGCUUGAUUUAGAUAGACAGCUACACAAAUGGAUUGAGAAAAGAACAAAUACAAUCCAGCGACUCAAUAGCAUUGCUGACGAAAUAUCUAAAGUAAGGCGCAACUGUGAUAUUGCAAAAACUACUGUAACGUGUGUUGCCCUUUUUGGAGAGAUAGCAACUUUAUUUUGUGAUCAUUAUGAAUAUAAACUUCCCGUUGAAAGCGAUACUAUUCGAAAAGGUCUGCGUGUAACUGAAACAGUUACUGACAACGUCGCUGAUUUCAUAGCCGAUUAUAGAUCAAGUAAAGGGGCGCAACAAGCUAAUAAAAUACUGCAAGAAGACGAUAAACAAACGUUGCUUGGACUUCGUGUGCAGCAGAGGAGGUACUGCUUGAGUCUGGAAAGAUACAUGGAAUUGGCAAAAAACAUAGAUGCCGUGGUGCAAUAUAGAGAAAAUGAUAACUUCACAGAGGUUUUCCUAGGUGUCGGGAACAUAUUGAAGACGAGAAUAGCAAAACUCAACAGUAAUAGAGUAAAACCCACCAUACAAGACUGUACUUCUUUUCUGAAAGCUCUGGACUUCAAUGGAUCUCCUGGAAAGAAAAAAUCACUUAAAGGGACAGAAACAUCUAAAGAGACAGAAACACAUAGCGAUACAAAACAAUGUAAAGUAACAGAGCUACCUGGAUCUCCUGGAAAGAAAAAAUCACUUAAAGGGACAGAAUCAUCUAAAGAGACAGAACCACAUAGCGAUACAAAACAAUGUAAAGUAACAGAGCUACCUGUUAGACCUCAAUAUCUGCCUAGAAUACUAGAUAUGGUUCAAGAUGUCGCAACCAUUUUUGCACGCGUAAAUGGGAUUCUAAACGGUUCGCCUGACGCAGCUGCAAAUGAGAUACGAAUAAUUGCUAGACAGCUAGAGUCAGAAAUCCCUUCAACGGAUGACCUAACAUAUGAAUCUUUGUUGACAGUGUCAUCAAGCAAGAAAGCCUUGGAAUUUUAAGACAUUUACUUAAUUUAAUUGAAAAUAUUUUCAUUGUAAAUUAUUAGUAUUAGUGUUCUUUGAAAUCAUCAUUUAAUAUCAAAAUACAACCGAAUUAAGAAAUGACCUGCCAUUGUAUAAAUGCAUCACAUACCAUACAGUACAAUUAAUGAACAGCUGCGCUUGUGGUCUGUCGUAGGGAGCGCCGACAUUGUUCAAAACAUUUGUUCAACACAUUGUUCAACACAUUGUUCAAAACAUUUUUUCCAUACAUAAUUAUUUUACUCCACAGAGAAUUAAAG